AUGGCAUCUGAACAGAAAAAGGUUGUUGUGGGAAUCGACAUUGGUUCUGGGUCCACCAAGGUCGUCUUGGGUUCCAACUUUGGCUGUGAAAUCGUGCGCAAUGAAGUCGGAGGACACACCACUCCAACGGCCAUCUCGUUUUCCAACAAGUUGCGACAAAUCGGACAAACAGCCAACUUGAAGACCAAGAAUGGGGUGAUUCAGAUCAAUCGACUAUUGGCAGGGGAAAUGGAAGAGGCUGGCAAGGACAAGUUUCAAGAAUUUUAUCAGUUCUCCAUGGACAACACGUCAUCGGACGAUAGUGGCGUGAUGGUAUCGAAUUUGGACUACAAUGGAUCAGCGGAAACUUCCUUUGGUGCCUCUGCCCUCCUGGCAAUGUUAUUGGGCAAGAUUCAAUCCAAUGUCCAAGCUACGCUGAAACGCAUUGCUGGGGAAGCAACAGACAGCAGUAGUAUCAAUGUGGAGUACGCCAUUUCCAUUGGACCCAACAUGACGGAUGCAUGCAAGGCAGAAAUCAUGGAUGCAGUCUAUGCCAUUGGAAUGGAACACGCGUAUUUGGUGGAAUCAAGUGAGGCCUAUGCUUCUUGUUAUCAUCGCAAGUUUCCAGAGCACAUUGUCGCUGGAAAGGACAAUGCCGUUCUCAUUGUAGACAUGGGCAAGACUCAAACCUCAGUAGCAGUCGUCGGAUCACCAGCUUCUACUUCCGAGGAAGAGACCGAAGAAGAGGCCAAAGAAGAAAAGACGGUAGAUACUACGCCUAUUAAGCCUGUCAUCUUGAGUUCCAAGCGAAACAGAGCCUUGGGCGCAGGAAUCUUUGACAUUCGAUUGUGGGAACAUUUUCAAUCUUCCUUUCCAGCUCUAUCUAGCGUCAAAAAGGCUUCCCGCGCUGGACAACGCCUAUUAGACGGAAGUCAAAAGCUCAAGCAUUUGCUUUCCCAACUUGCUGACGCUGCCGUGACUGUCGAGAAUGUGGGAGAAAACGACUCUGAUUUGAAAUUGACAGGGAGUCGUCAAACUCUUUCCGAACUUUGCCAGGAAGAUGCUUCGGCUUUGACCGAAUUGAUCGCAGGAGCGCUAAAGGAGGCAAAUGUCACCAAGCUCUUUGCCGUCGAAGUUGUCGGCGGGGGUUGCCGUAUUCCAUUUGUCAAGGAUGUCAUUGUGGAAGCUGUCAAGGACAUGGGAAUCACAACCUUGUCGUUCAGUUUCGACGAUACCUCGGCUGCCUUGGGAGCCGCAUUGGUGGGCGAAGAUGAUACCAACAAUGCCAACUCGAAGCAAACAAUCGCCGACGCAUCUGACCAACAAACACAACUACGAACCGCUGAACAAACCAUGGCCACCUUGGAUCAAGAUAUGCAGAUCCGUGCCGACACCAUGAACAAGAUCGAAGCGCACGUUUUGGAAAUGAGGUCGGCCAAACACAGCAAACAUGGUUCCCUACUGCCUUCGACAAUGGAUGCCUACUUGGACAACGUUGAGAACUGGAUCUUUUCGGAAGAAGCCGACGACGCCUCCAAGGACGAUGUUGUGGCCAAGUUGGAAGCCACCAUCAAGGAGACCAGUGAAAUGGCCAAGGAUUAUUUGGAAGCCUUGCAAAAAGACAAGGAUGCCAAAGACCGCGAAAUGGAAGCAGAAGCCAAAAAGGCCCAAGCAGAACGUGAGGGAGAGCCAGAAGGGGAAGAGGAUGACCACGAUAAUCGCCGUCUUCCCAAGAAGAGACGCAUGGAAAUUGUCAUGAAGAAUAAGGCCGAAGCCAAUGAGUUGUUUGGAGACGGAAACUACAAAUUUGCCGCGGCCCGAUACACCAAAGCUUUGUCGCACUGCGCCAAGUUUGUGGACUUGAGCCCUGAUGACGUUGAAGAAGUAAAUGCCGUCAAGUUGAGUUUGAACCUGAAUUUGGCGUUGGCGUAUACCAAGCUUCAGAAUCCUGAUCAAGCGUUGAGGGUGUGCAACGAAGCCAUCGCCAUUGAUGAAAAUAGUCCCAAAGCCCUCUACCGCCGAGCUUCCAUAUAUUACGACAAGAAGAACUGGGAUGCCGCCAAUAAAGAUGUCAAACUGGCCAUCAAGGUUGCCCCAGAAGACAAGGCUAUCAAGAAGCUGCAAGAUAAAAUUGAAGCUCAAAUGAAGCGACAAAAGCUAAAGGAAAAGAAGAUGGCUCAAAAGAUGUUUGGCUAA